AUGGAACAAGGAGGAGAAGCCUCAACGUUCACUUGCAUGUUCCCCAUGGAACAACAACAGCUCCUAAACCCUAACUUGCUGCUCAAGAAAAACCCCGAGAAGACGAAAAACCCCAAAACAAGGGGCCGGCAAAGGAUAGAGAUCAAGGAGAUCAAGGAAGAGGCGAAACGCCAAGUCACGUUCUCCAAACGCAGACGCGGUUUGUUCAAGAAAGCCGCGGAGCUGAGCGUUCUCUGCGACACGAAAAUCGCGAUCAUCACGUUUUCGCGCUGCGGCAGGAUCUACACGUUCGGCGACGUCGAAACCCUAACCGAGAGGUAUCUCCACGGGGAGAAGAAAAUUGUCCCUGCGAGGCUCGGGGAAUACUCCGGCGGCGGAGAUGCUUACGUGGAGGCGGAGGAGCAGCGGUGGUGGGAGAUGCCGGUGGAGAAUGUGGCGGCGGAGGAGAUGGAGGAGUACUUGGCUGCGAUGACGGAGUUGAGAGAGAAUGUCAGAGGAAGAAUCUAUCAGAUGAGUUGUGAUCGGGCGGUGGAGAAUCCAUCUGAGCAGAAUCCGACGGUCGAGAUCAUUGAGUCGAAGCAGACGGUGGAUGAUCUAAGCUUGGAGUAUCUGACGGCUGAGGAUAAUCGGGGCGACGGAUUGUUUCUGCAGCAGUUUCUUGCUGAAAACAUGAUGUACACUGCUAAUUAA